AGGCCAGUCUGUCAGAAGACCCUCUUUUUCGGAUCACUCCCGACCACAGAAAGUUCUGGAGGAGCAAGCGGCGGGCUGACAUGUUGUGCUACAACAAAGGUUGCGGGCAGACAUUCGAUGCGGACAACAAUAAGGACGAUUCCUGCCUCUUCCAUCCCGGAAUCCCCAUCUUCCACGAUGCCCUGAAGGGUUGGUCAUGUUGCCGCAAGAGGACGACAGACUUCUCGGAAUUUCUCUCCAUCAAGGGAUGCACCCGCGGACGCCACAGCAACGAAAAACCGCGCGAACCCCUCUUGCCCGAGGUGUCGUCCGACAAAGCCGGCGACAAAAGUGACCGCGCUAACGGCCCCGACAUCAUCUACCGAGGACCCAAAUCUUCUGAGAAGCUGCGGAGAGAAAGACCGAGCUCGGAUGAACCCAAGACCAAAUUGCCCCUUAAAGUGGCGGCAACUCUGAUGAAGGAACUGGAGAAACUGGACAUAAGUGAGAGAGCUGAAAAAGAGAAGAAAGAGAGCCAAGGGGUGGUCCAAGGUACGCGAUGCAAGAAUUCCGGAUGCAAAACGGUUUAUCAGGGUCCAGAAACUGACCUGGAGGUCUGCACGCACCACCCUGGCGGGCCGGUCUUCCACGAGGGGUACAAAUACUGGAGCUGCUGCUGUAUCAGGACCAUGGACUUCAACGCCUUCCUAGACCAGAAAGGCUGCACUGGAGGAAAACACCGCUGGAUCCCCAAGCAGGAUAAGAAGAAAGUGGCGUGUCGACACGACUGGCACCAGACUGCGAACUGCGUGGUGGUGACAAUCUACGCGAAGAACGCAGACGCAAAGUUCAGCUACGUGGAGGCCAAUGGAACGACGUUGUCCUGUCACAUCCAGUUUGAGAGCGACAAGAUUUUCAAGAGAGACUUCCAUCUAUGGGGGGUCAUCAGCGUCCAAGAUAGCGUGGUCAACAUGGUCCCGUCGAAAGUGGAGAUCACCCUCCGCAAAGCCGACCAGGUGUCCUGGGGUAAGCUAGAGGACCCUAACUAUAAGCCCGAGCCGGAACCAGCAGAGGACGAGACCGAGGACGACUCGGAGUUGCGACGUCCCGACUGGGACAUCGACGAUGACGACAUCAGCGAUUCGGACGAAGAGUGGGCCUAUGACACGGCGCCGCAGAAGACCCAAGCCAAGGCGGACCCGGACAUGGAAAACCUCCACAAGAGGAAAGAAGUGGAGCAGGAGAUGAGAAAAGCUGUGGAGGACAAGAGGCAGGCUGAGGAAGAGAAGGAGAAGCUGAGAAGGCAGCAAGAAGAGGAGGGCUAUGAAGAAAUGCCAGAACUGGAGUAAUAAACCCAAAGAAAAAAAAUUGACAUUUUUAAGUCCAAUUAAGCAGUGUUUUUCAAUCUUUUCUGAGUCACGGCACGUUUUUACAUUGGAAAAAAUCUCGUGGCACGCCACAACCAAAAAUGUUCCAAAAUUACUUUCUGUACAUUAUAUUUAAUCAUAAAAUUAUUUCUCAACAUUCAUACUUACUCAUCGUUAAACUUGAGCCUGUUUAGAUGAACACAAAGCCAAUAUCCUGGCAGGAAUCUGUCAACAGCUCUCAGUCUCUCUCUGCUUUUUUUUUAUAGCAGUUGGGCUUGAAAAGUACAGAAUUAUCAGACGGGGACUUCCACAUCUUUACCAGUGAAUUUGGAACCAGGGACAUCAUUUUCGGACUGAAUUGGUAGGUUUAGCUCAGCAAACAUCUCGUUUGUACACUAUUUCCAUGCAUAUACUAUUAGGGACAAAUGGGAGGUUGACCCGCCUAGCAAAAAUUGCUAACAUCAUGAAUAUGAAUGAGCAAAAGUAACAUGUUGCGUGUGGUACGCCGUUAAGGUUGAACAAUAUAUUGUACAAAAAAGUAGGGUUUUUUUUUUUGACAAUUUGACAGCACGUGACACUUGAACUCUAGCGUCUGCACCUUGGCAGAACAUUUUUUUAACAGUAAUGUAACUUAAAUCACAUUUCGAAACAGACACAAGACCUUGGAUGUACAGAAUAUUUUUGCCUUUUUGCGCCCUUCAACUGAAAAGGGGAGUCUCAUGCCAUAUAUUUGUAUGUGUGUAUAUAUAUCUAGGGCGUAGGUUUGGUCUCAACAUUGGUAGAGACGAUAUUACC